AUGGCAGACGUCAAUGGCUCUGGGCCGACCAGAAUCCCCAUUCUGGGCCAGGAGUCCAUCAUUAUCGACCAUGGCCUCUGGCUCUCCUACGUGACUCACGAUCUGCUCAACAACAUCAAGUCGUCCACCUACGUCCUCAUCACCGACACCAACCUCUCCCCCAUCUACGUCCCGCCUUUCCAAGCCGUCUUUGAGCAGGCUGUUGACAAUGCCUCGAAGUCGGGCCAAGCCAGCUCCGCAGCGGCUUCGGGUCCCCCCCGCCUGCUCACCUACGCCAUCCCGCCCGGCGAGUCGUCCAAGGGUCGCGAGACCAAGGCCGAGAUCGAGGACUGGAUGCUGCUGAACCAGUGCACCCGCGACACCGUUGUCAUUGCUCUCGGCGGCGGCGUCAUUGGGGACAUGAUUGGCUAUGUCGCCGCGACCUUUAUGCGCGGUGUGCGCUUCGUCCAGGUGCCUACGACCCUGCUCGCCAUGGUGGACUCGUCCAUUGGUGGCAAGACGGCCAUCGAUACCCCGAUGGGCAAGAACCUCAUAGGCGCCUUCUGGCAGCCUCGCCGCGUCUACAUCGACCUGGCCUUCCUCGACACCCUUCCCGUCCGCGAGUUCAUCAACGGCAUGGCCGAGGUGAUCAAGACUGCCGCCAUCUGGGAUGAGGCCGAAUUCUGUGCCCUCGAAGACAAUGCUGCCCUGAUACUGGCCACGAUACGUCGUGACGCUGCCAACGCCCAGGAGCGGCUGAAACCGAUCCGCCAUAUACUGAAGCGCAUCGUCCUCGGCUCCGCACGAGUCAAGGCUCAUGUCGUCUCGUCCGACGAGAAGGAGGGUGGUUUGCGCAACCUCUUGAACUUUGGACACUCCAUUGGACACGCCUUCGAGGCAAUCUUGACCCCGCAGGUCUUGCACGGCGAGGCUGUUGCAAUCGGUAUGGUCAAGGAAGCCGAGCUUGCCAGAUUUCUCGGGGUCCUGCGCCCAGGUGCCGUUGCUCGCUUGGUCAAGUGCAUUGCGAGCUAUGACCUACCUACUUCCCUGCUCGAUAAGCGCAUCGUCCAGCUCACUGCCGGCAAGUCUUGCCCCGUAGAUGUACUGCUUGACAAGAUGGCCGUCGACAAGAAGAAUGAUGGCAAGAAGAAGAAGAUCGUCCUACUCUCGGCCAUAGGAAAGACGCAUGAACCCAAGGCCACCGUCGUGGAUGACCGUGCAAUCCGGGUGGUCUUGUCCCCUGCUGUACGCGUCACUCCCGGCCUGCCCGCCGACCUCUCCGUGAGCAUCACACCUCCGGGUUCAAAGAGCAUUUCCAAUCGAGCCCUGGUCCUCGCCGCCCUCGGCAACGGCCCCUGCCGCAUCAAGAACCUGCUCCACUCGGACGAUACCGAGUAUAUGCUGUCCGCCGUCAGCGCACUGGGCGGUGCUGCCUACUCGUGGGAGGACGCCGGGGAGGUUCUCGUGGUCGAAGGCACCAGCGGCCGCUUGCGAGCGAGCAGGGACGAGCUCUAUCUGGGUAACGCUGGCACGGCCUCUCGAUUUUUGACCACCGUUGCUGCCCUCUGUGCGCCAUCCGAUGUCUCUUCGACCGUACUGACAGGAAACGCACGCAUGAAGGUGCGUCCAAUCGGGCCUCUCGUGGAUGCCCUCCGCGGCAACGGCGUGGAAGUCGAGUAUCUUGGCAACGAGAAAAGCCUGCCCAUUCGCGUCGGGGCAGCUGGCGGUCUCCAAGGCGGUGUGAUCGAACUGGCCGCCACCGUGUCAUCUCAGUACGUGUCUUCCAUCCUGAUGGCGGCGCCCUACGCCAAGAACCCCGUAACCCUCCGACUCGUGGGAGGCAAGCCCAUCUCCCAGCCCUACAUUGACAUGACCAUUGCCAUGAUGGGUGCUUUCGGUGUCCACGUCAGGCGGUCUGCGGACGAGCCCGAUACAUACCUCAUCCCGUGCGCUACCUACCAGAAUCCGGCCGAAUACGUCGUUGAAAGCGAUGCGAGCUCGGCCACGUACCCACUUGCUGUUGCUGCCAUCACCGGCACUACCUGCACUGUUCCCAACAUCGGCGCCAAAUCUCUCCAGGGCGAUGCUCGUUUUGCUGUGGAAGUGCUGCGGCCUAUGGGAUGCCUGGUCGAGCAAACCGAUUUCUCCACAACCGUCACGGGUCCCAAGCCUGGGUCGCUUAAGGCACUAGAUGUCGAUAUGGAGCCAAUGACUGACGCCUUCCUAACGGCGUCGGUCCUGGCCGCUGUAGCCAGCGGCACCACACGUAUCACUGGCAUCGCAAAUCAGCGUGUCAAGGAAUGCAACCGCAUUGCGGCAAUGAAGGAUCAACUGGCCAAGUUCGGCGUCGAAUGUUCGGAGCUCGAAGACGGCAUUGUAGUCCACGGUAAGCCGUACCAGGCCCUACAAGAACCUGCUGGCGGGGUCUACUGUUACGACGAUCACCGUGUCGCCAUGAGCUUCAGCGUGCUUUCCGUCAUCGCGCCCACUCCUGUACUCAUCCUUGAACGCGAAUGUGUGGGCAAGACUUGGCCUGGCUGGUGGGAUGUUCUAUCCCAGUCCUUCAAGGUUGUCCUCGACGGAGAGGAGCCCAAGGGCGUGCACGAGACCAUUGCCGCGCGCUCUCCAGCCGCGCGCUCCAUCUUCAUUAUAGGUAUGCGGGGAGCUGGAAAGACCACCGCUGGAGGCUGGCUGGCAGAAGUCCUAGGACGGCCGUUUGUCGACCUGGACGAUGAGCUGGAGCGAAGACAAGGCGUCACUAUUCCUGAGAUGAUCAGAGGCCCGGCCGGUUGGGAGGGUUUCCGAGAUGCCGAGGUCGAGCUCCUAGCGGACAUGAUCAAGAACCGUGCCCAUGGCUACGUUUUCUCGUGCGGGGGCGGUAUUGUCGAAACCCCCAAGGCGCGAGACUUGCUGAUCUCCUACCACCGGGCUGGCGGGUGCGUUCUGCUCGUCCAUCGAGACACGGAUCAGGUAGUCGAGUUCCUGAUGCGCGACAAAACCAGGCCGGCAUACUCGGAAAACAUUCGAGAGGUCUAUGUCCGGCGCCGACCGUGGUUUGCUGCGUGCAGCAAUUAUCAGUAUCAUAGUCCCCACCGAGAUGGUUCCGAGGUGCUCAGCUCCCCUCCGUCAGACUUCUCCCGCUUCGUGUCCGUGAUGUGUGGCCGGAGUACACACCUCGAGGAUGCUAUGAGGAAGGCCCACUCGUUUUUUGUCUCCCUCACGGUCCGCAAUGUUUCCGCAGCACUUCAUAUCAUCCCCAGGGUCAUUGUGGGGUCCGAUGCUGUCGAAUUGCGUGUUGACCUGCUCGAGGACCACACCCCUGAGUUCAUCGCCAGCCAGGUCUGUUCGCUUCGCUCUGUUGCAGAGGUGCCCAUCAUCUUCACGGUUCGCACGCAAAGCCAGGGAGGCCGCUUCCCAGAUGCGGACCACGAAGGCGCCCUCAAGCUGUACCAGACAGCUAUCCGCUACGGCGUAGAGUACAUCGACCUCGAGAUGACCAUGCCGGAUUACGUCUUGCAGGCGGUGGCGGCAGGGAAGGGCGGCUCGUCCAUCAUCGCCUCCCAUCACGAUCCCCGAGGCGAAUUGUCGUGGAAGAACGGAGCCUGGAUGCCUCACUACAACAAGGCUCUGCAAUAUGGCGACGUGAUCAAGCUGGUGAGCUUCACUGAGGAUAUGCAAGACAACUUUGCCUUGGCUGCCUUCAAGGCGAGGAUGCAAGCGGCGCACAACACUCCUCUCAUCGCCUUGAACAUGGGCCUCAAGGGUAAACUCAGCCGCGUGCUGAACGGGUUCUUGACGCCCGUGUCUCAUCCCGAGUUGCCAUUCAAGGCGGCUCCAGGCCAGCUGUCGGCCAAGGAAAUUCGACAGGCGCUGGCCUUGACGGGUGAGAUCGAGGCGCGCUCUUUCGUGUUGUUCGGAAAACCAAUCGCGAAAUCUAGGUCCCCGGCGCUGCACAACUCACUGUUUGCUGCGACUGGCCUUCCGCAUCGCUAUUCCCUAGUGGAGACAGAUAACACAGAAGAGAUGCAAGCAGUCAUUCGGGCCCCUGAUUUUGGCGGUGCCUCGGUCACCAUCCCCUUGAAGUUGGAUGUCAUGGGCCUCCUUGACGAGAUCUCGGAUGCUGCCAAGGUUAUCGGGGCCGUCAACACCGUCAUCCCUCUCAACAAAGAGAAAGCCGGUCAGACCUGCCUCCGCGGCGACAACACGGACUGGAUGGGCAUGGUGCACUCGCUCCGCAAUGCCGGGCUUCGGCGCCCAACCCACGGUUCCUCGAAAGCUGGGCUCGUCAUUGGCUCAGGAGGCACCACACGAGCUGCGGUGUUCGCUCUACAUUCACUCGGCUUGAGCCCCAUUUACCUCGUGGCUCGAAACAAGGACAAAGUUGGGACCCUGGCUGCCUCCUUCCCCGACGACUACGACGUGCAGCAUUUGGACGCCACCGAUGAUGCCACCGCAGCGAAGGUAUCCGUCGCCAUCAGUACCGUGCCGGCGGAUAAGCCGGUUGACGAGGGCAUUGGUCGCAUCGUCUCGGCAGUUCUGCACCAGCCAUCGGUCGCUCAUGAUGCCCGGAUUCUGAUGGAGAUGGCCUACACGCCUCGCCACACCCCUCUCAUGCAGCUGGCCGAGAAGGCUGGUUGGGAGACAAUCCCUGGCUUGGAAGUUCUUGCCGCACAGGGAUGGUACCAGUUCCAACUCUGGACUGGCAUUGUUCCACUCUACGAGGACGCAAGAGACGCUGUCAUGGGGAAAGAGUUUUAG